AUGGCCUGGCGCAGCUCUGGCGCGACGAACGAGGAGCUGGUGGCCAACCUGGCGGGCCACGGGAUGCUGCCAUCGGCCGACACGACGAGCACGGCCGUGGACGAGCGUGCACGGGCGGCCUUUCUGGCAGUCGACCGGGCGGACUACGCACCACGGCGGCCAUACGACGACGCGCCACAGGGCAUUGGCUAUGGCGUGACCAUCUCGGCGCCGCACAUGCACGCGCUGGCGGUGAAGCACCUAUGGCCGUACGUGGUGCCGCGGGCAGGCGAGCGGGCGCCGCGCGUGCUGGACGUCGGGGCCGGCUCAGGCUAUCUGACGCACGUCCUGGGAGAAAUUGUGGGCGACGGCGGUUUUGUGCUCGGGGUUGAGCACAUCCCGGCGCUGUGCCGGCUGGCCGAGACGAACAUGCGCAAGAGCGCGGGCGGACGGGCGCUGCUGGACAGCGGACGGGUGGUGCUGGCCGUCGGCGAUGGGAGACGGGGAGCAGCGGCACUGGCUGGGGUCGAGAUGGAUCUCGUGGCCAGUGACAGCAGGUUUGACGCCAUUCACGUCGGGGCCGCCGCCACAGAGGCUCACCAGGCGCUCAUCGACCAACUGCGGGCACCUGGCCGCCUGUUCAUCCCGCUCGAGGACGUCGACAGCGGGCUGCAGCACCUCUGGACGAUCGACAAGGACGUCGACGGGACGGUCAGGCGGACGAGGCUGUUUGGCGUGCGGUAUGUUCCGCUGACGGAUGCGCCGGAGGUCCUGUGA